GCACAGCGAAGUGACAUCAGCGAGGUUUGUUGACAUGUAUGUGUGUUUUUGUUAAGGAGAGAAGAAGCAAGAGAACCGUCUGCGUCCGGAUGGACCUGUCCUGUGUUUUAUAGACGAGAGAAGAAUGUGAAGCACAAUGGCUGAUUUUGAAGCCUACCAGGAGUACCAGAGAAUAGAGGAUUAUGAGGAAGACUCACCUCCAGGAGAAGAGGAUUUGCUGAUUCAUGUGCCAGAGGGCCUGAAAGACUCCUGGCAUCACAUCAAGAACCUUGACAAUUUCUUCACUCGAAUUUAUCAUUUCCAUCAGAAGAAUGGAUUUGCCUGCAUGAUGUUAUCAGAGUUUUUCGAGCUUGUGCAGUUUCUCUUUGUGGUCACUUUCACAACUUUUCUCUUCAACUGCGUGGAGUACGAUGUGCUGUUCGCCAACCGAGCGGUUAACCACACUGGCCAGGGCCUGAACCCACUGGACAGGAACAAGGUCACCCUGCCUGAUGCCAUCCUACCUAGUCAGCAGUGCACUGAGAGGAUUCAAAGCAACAGUUGGAUCAUCUUCCUACUUAUAAUGGCGGCCAUUUUUUGGAUCUAUCGCCUUGGGAAGGUGAUCUGUAAUGUCCUCAGUUACUGGGAGAUCCGUCAGUUUUAUAUAAAGGCCCUGAAAAUCAGGAUGGACGAGUUGUGUAACUUCAGCUGGCAGGAAGUGCAGGGGCGCCUGAUCAACCUGCAGCGCGAGCAGCAGAUGUGUAUCCACAAGAAGGAGCUUACCGAGCUGGACAUCUACCACCGCAUCCUGCGCUUCAAGAACUACACUGUGGCUAUGAUCAACAAGUCACUACUGCCAGUCCGCCUACGUGUGCCCUUUUUGGGGGACGUGGUCUUCCUCACACAGGGCCUGAAGUACAACUUUGAGCUCAUCCUUUUCUGGGGGCCCUGCUCGCUGUUCCAAAACAAGUGGAACCUGCACCCCAAGUACAAGCGGGCAGGGAACCGCUUGGAGCUAGCCCGGCAGCUGAGCCGGAUUAUACUGCUAGCAGGGAUCGCCAACCUGCUGCUGUGUCCAUUCGUGCUGGUGUGGCAGGUGCUGUAUGCUUUCUUCAGCUAUGCCGAGGUGAUCAAGCGCGAACCAGGAAGUCUGGGCGCACGGCGCUGGUCGCUGUAUGGCCGCCUGUACCUGCGUCACUUCAAUGAACUGGACCACGAGCUGCAGGGGCGACUGGGCCGGGGCUACAAGCCGGCCGCCAAGUAUAUGAACGCCUUUGUUUCGCCGCUGCUGGCUGUGCUGGCCAAGAAUGUGGCGUUCUUCUCAGGCUCUGUGCUGGCUGUGCUCAUUGCGCUCACUAUCUACGACGAGGAUGUACUCACCGUGCAGCACAUCCUUACUGCCAUCACUGUGCUGGGCGUGGUCAUCACCAUCACCAGAUCCUUUAUCCCAGACGAGCAUAUGGUGUGGUGCCCGGAGCAGCUGCUACAGUGUGUACUGGCGCACAUUCAUUACAUGCCCGACCACUGGAAGGGCAACGCCAAUAAAAGUGAGACACGUGAUGAAAUGGCCCAGCUGUUCCAGUACAAAGCGGUAUUUAUACUAGAAGAGCUGCUCAGCCCCAUCAUCACUCCCUUCAUCCUUAUCUUCCUCCUACGGAACAAGUCUCUGGAGAUCAUUGACUUCUUUCGCAACUUCACUGUGGAGGUGGUGGGCGUCGGUGACAUAUGUUCCUUCGCACAGAUGGACAUUCGCCGUCAUGGCAACCCACAGUGGAUGUCAGAGGGUCAGACGGAGGCCUCUGUGUAUCAGCAGGCAGAGAAUGGCAAGACAGAGCUGUCCCUCAUGCACUUCACGAUUAAGAACCCCCGCUGGCAGCCUCCCCAGGACAGCUCAGUCUUUAUCAGCCACCUGCGUGAAAAGGUGCAGCAGGAUGCACAGAGUGGACCUUCUCCUCAGCUCCUCCUCUCUGAGGCUCCUCUGUGCACCUCACUGCUCUCCAAUGAGUCUGCCAAUGCUCCUGACAAUCUGUUGGCAAGUGUGCUAGCCCACCCAGUGCUGACGGCAUCUGGUUUGCCAGGGUGGAACCGUCGCUUCGUUCCUCCAAGCAGCACAGCCUCUGCCGCAGCCAGCGUGCUGGCCUCACUCUCUUCCUCCCAGCAGCCCCAUGCAGGCCGUUCCCGCUCACAUGUUCUCCUGCCUUCUGCCCACCCCCACCAUGAAGGCCCCAUGUACCACAGUGACCGCACUGCUGCAGACAGCAUGUCUGCCAGUGACUCCAAGAUCGUUGGUCAGUCCAACACGGCCCUGCUGUCCGAGUUUGCUUCUGCAGAAAUGAGCCUGCAUGCCAUAUACAUGCAUGAGGUCCACCAGCAGAAGUUCCAGUCUCAGCAUGGACCAGGCCAGUUUCAGCCUCCUGUGGCCAUGAGGGACACUGGCGCCUCUGCGGCACCCCCGCCUCAGAUGCAGUCGACCCAUACGGCGAGCCUGGUGUUGCCCAGCCCCCUCCGUCUGGGAGGCUGGGUGGAGGAAGAGGAGGAGGAGGAGGAAGAGGAGAUAAACAGCAACCCUGCGCCAGAUCACAGUCAGACCAGCAGGGGGAGCAGCUGAAGUGCCUUAAAGCCGUAGGUCAUUUUCUGGAAGAACAUUGUGGCCUUAGUUUAAUGUAAAGCUUUUUGAUCAAACGCAUCGGUCAGUGCGAGAACGUGUCCGGCCGCAGCCGUGGGAUCAGAAACUUCACUGCACUGUCUUCCAGCCCAGAGGAGCUGUGGCAUUCUGGACUACAAUGUAUGUCAACCACCCCUCCUCUCGCUUCUUUCAUGAGAAAUAUAUUUAAUUUUGAGGACUUUUUUUGGAAUGUGUUUGAUGUGUAUGGAUGAGUGUUCGUCCUGAGACUAAGGAUGUUGGUCCUUAACUGCGUUACAUAAAAAAAAACAUUAUUGAUGCUAGAAACAUCAGAUCGUGGUAAACAUCGAAUUUUCGUCACUUUGAUAAAAAAAACAAACAGUA